AAUAUCGACUUAUUUUGUAAAGUUCCUUUGUUUCACACAAAAACCCCGAUACAUUUAAAAAGUGACAAUAAAAGACCAAAAAGUUAGGGGAAAAUCUCAAACUUAUAUAAAUAUUAAGGGACUAUAAUUGAUAGAUUGAACUCAAGUAAAUAAUUACCAAAAAAAGUAAAUCUUUUUCACCAAACUGAAGAUGAAAAUAGCAAAUCUCUAUUAUAGAGGCAUACAUAGGAACUAACCGAAACGGUGACGUAACGGAGGUGAAUCGCAAAUACUACGACCGUGAUGUCUGUCGUCUCUACCUCUCUGGUCUCUGCCCUCACGACCUCUUCCAAUUGACUUUUCUGCUGGCUAAUCUAAAAGUUUACCUAGCCUAAUAACUGAUCAUUAUGAUCUAUGUAUGUACGAAGCUGAGCUUAGGAAACAUUUGUGAUUCGCAAUGUCAGAAACAGCCAGCGAACAAGGAAUGGUUGACGAGGCGCAAAAAGUACUAGAAGAGGCUGAAGCUCUCAAGAAGCUUACUCCUAGACAAGAACCUGCAGUGGAUCCGACCAAGUACACUGCUGCUGAUGUGCGCAUUACAGACCAGAAGCUGCGUCUGUGUGACAUAUGCGGAGCAUUCUUGAGCAUCUAUGACAGGUUAAGUUUCUUUACUAUAAAACAGAUCAAAGGAGAGGAGCAGAGAGCGAGAAUCAAGUAAAGAGAGUGACAGAGGAGAUAGCCGUGACCGUGGUAGAGAUAUUGACCGUAGAAGUAGAGAUCGUGACAGGCAUCAUGACCACCGUGAACAUGACAGACACUAUAACCAGUCACGUGGCUAUGACUCACGAAGCCGGCGUAGUUCGCGUUCCCUGUCUAGGGAAAGACCAAGAGAUUAUGAUCGCCGCAGACGCCAUGACCGCUACUAAGAUGCUGCAAGAAAUGGUUGCAGCACGAGGUCGUUACAGAUGCGUUUAGGAUCACUCUGGAGUUGCAAACACUCGUUUUUUCUUGUGUUAAAGAUCUUUGAGAUUGUAAGUUGCUAAGUUUGUAAGAAGAGUUUCUUCGGAUAUUUUUGUAUAACUUUUUUUUAUAUGUUGAGUAUAAUAUUGUCGUGACGGAAUAGGACGGCA